AUGCUCGAAGAUGUUGCUGACCUGAAUCUGGCAGAUACCUAUGGAAAAGUCAGUGUCCCUAAACAGUUGGUUAUCUUCUAUGUACACUUCAAACUAUCAGCAAAACCUUUGGUCGCGAAGUCACAUGAGCUGUCUUUUGCCUACGACGAGUUCUCCCUACAGAAGCUCGAACCACCACUAGUUCUGCAAGAAUUCAUUAAUCACGGAGGCAUGCUGUUCAAGGUUUAUAUUGUAGGAGAGGCAAUAAAGGUUGUCCGCCGUUUUUCCUUGCCUGAUGUCAGCAAGCGUGAAUUGUCAAAGACUGCCGGUGUUAAUCGUUUUCCGAGAGUGUCUUGUUCUGCUGCAUCUGCUGAUGAGGCAGAUCUCGAUCCUUCUGUUGGUGAACUUCCUCCACGGCCAUUACUCGAGAGACUGGCUAAGGCACUGAGGAGGCGACUGGGUCUUCAGUUGUUCAACCUGGAUAUAAUCCGAGAGCAUGGCACACGGGACCAAUAUUAUGUCAUUGAUAUAAACAUACAGCCGAUUUUCGGAAUAUAUCUACCCUUGAAUUAA